UGUCCUGAUAACCUGCCAUAACGCUUCAAGAAAAAUGACCGUUGAUCCCUCUCAUCAAGCAAAAAUGACCCUUUGCAAAUGAUUUUAAUCGAUCCACACAGAAAUCUUUUAACAGAGCACCUACCAGGACUUGGAAGGACUCCAACCAUCAUCCAAGAGGAGAAAAAUUAAACCUUAAGAAACCUUUGGUUUGUAAAGAACAAUCCAAACUAUGUUGCCCCUAAAGAAAUACUUCCCAGAGGAGCUGAUUCAGAUGACCAUCCUGUUAAGUCUUUGUGGAAUCAGAGUGGACGUGGGGCUGGAGCCUUUCCUGCCUCGUUCCUGGUGUGAUAUGAUUCUGGGUCAGAACUCUGCACCGACCCAAACCCCGUCCCACAACCAGAACACUCUGCAUCCCAAGAAUGUGGAUCUGGAGCGUUUCUUUACGGCACGCCGCCUGUUAGGCUGGGUUCACUCUCUGGACAGGAUACAGGUUCCUCAGGCAGAGCUGGAGACAUGGCUGGUCCAACGGGAAUCAGCUCCUCUGCUUCAGGGAUUUCCUGACCAACCCCCCCUGAUGGACAGAGCCCACGGAGACACAGAGAUAGACCAAAGGGAGCCAGCUAUGGAGCAAGAG